AGUGACAAGGCUGUGCGUCCCGUGUACAGUGCGUAUUUUCACAGUCGCAAUGGCAGACGCUUUGGCUAAAGUCCCCGACGCUGAAGUCGAUCCAGAGGGAACAUUUAAGUAUAUUUUAGUGAGGAUAAAAGUAAAAGAUGGAACUGAAUACAAAGAUAUAGUGAGAGGCACAAAAAGUGCUGGGCAGUAUCACAAUCAUAUAUUUGAGAAGGUCACCCCACCAAUAACGGCUUUGGGACUGGAGUGCAACUGUCUUGGAGGAGGGAAGAUUGAGCACAACAGCAAAGACAAAAAACUGCGUGUUUUUGGGGAAUCAACUGGCUAUGGCAAAGCAGAUCAUUCAGUGUCUGUUGAGAAGCUGAAGAGUGUCUUCAAAGACUACGAGAUCACAUGGUCCGAUGAUAAAGAAUAGAUCACCUGGUACGAUGCUAAAGAAUAGAUCACCUGGUACGAUGCUAAAGAAUAGAUCACCUGGUACGAUGCUAAAGAAUAGAUCACCUGGUACAAUGCUAAAGAAUAGAUCACCUGGUACGAUGCUAAAUAAUAGAUCACCUGGUACGAUGCUAAAGAAUAGAUCACCUGGUACGAUGCUAAAGAAUAGAUCACCUGGUACAAUGCUAAAGAAUAGAUCACCUGGUACUGGUAAAGAAUAUAUCACCUGGUACUGGUAAAGAAUAUAUCACCUGGUCCUGGUAAACAAUAGAUCACCUGGUCCUGGUAAACAAUAGAGGGAAACUCCCCCUCUGUAUAUGUCUGCUAAUAUCUGCCUUAUGGCUCAACACUCCUGUUAACAAAACAACACACAUGUCACUGCAAUGAUUUAAAAUCAU